AUGAAACAAUCUGCAAGGAAAAAGCAGAAUGCGCAAGCCAGAGAGCCAUCGGUUAAACCAUCCGAUGAGCAGAUGGAGGAGAUUCAAUCUGAAGGGCAUCCAGUAAGUGGCAAUGAAGAGGAACUGGAGCAGCCUACCAAUGUAGAUGUAACCACCAUGAAAUCACCCAGAAAAGGAAAAAGGACUGACAAAAGGAAGAGCAUUGCUCAACCCAAGGAAAGAGGAGGAUCCGUGAGUGCCGGACGCACCUUCAAACUUCGUGAUGAGGAGGAUGAAGAUGUUCAAGUUAUCCAACCAUCCAUCAAAUCACCCAAAAAGAAAACUGAAAAUCGUGGUGGAAAAACGAAACAAUCUGCAAGGAAAAAACAUAAUGUGCAAACCAGAGAGCCAUCGGUUGAACCAUCCGAUGAGCAGAUGGAGGAGAUUCAAUCUGAAGGACAUCCAGUAAGUGGCAAUGAAGAGGAACUGGAGCAGCCUACCAAUGUAGAUGUAACCGACAUGAAAUCACCCAUGAAAGGAAAAAGGACUGCCAAAAAGAAGCGCAUUGCUCAACCCAAGGGAAGGAAGUCACCAAGGACAAGGUCUGGUGUUCAGAGUACUGAACCAACUACUCAGCGCAGUGGAAAAAGAAAGCAUCCAGAAAAUGAGCAACCAGAGACCCAAACUGCUGUUGAAUCAACUCCCCUGCCCAAGUUCAUCGAUGAUGAAAUCAGGGAGAGGUUUGAAUGGAUCUCACAGAAAGGGUUCAUCACUCAAAAGACCAUCAUUCCUUAUGAAUUCCAUGGCUUGAUGAUGACCAUGACUUCUGAUCAACAAGCCACCUUCGUUGCCAAAAGGAAUCUGCUUGUACCUCCCAUUCCUCCAGAAAAUGAAAAUGCACACCGAAAGGAGCCUAGAACUGAGCCAACCACUAAGGUUACCCCAGAGUACCGUGCCUCCAGUUCUCAAUCACAGGACAAGGGAAAAACUCCGGCAACUGAAAAAGAGACUGAAGAGGAUGAUGAUGAUGAGGAUGAGAACACAGAGGAAGAAGACCCUGUCCAGUUUCGCCUGGCUAGAAGAAGGCCUGGAUUCUCUAAGAUCACCAUAUAG